GACAAGUUGAAUUUAAGGGUCUGGGAAAGUUGCACCGACGAUAGGAGAAUGCGAGACGGAUUGCAGUGACAUUACCUUUCGGUAACAGCGCAAAAAUUUUCUGGAUAUUUUAAAAGCAGAACCAUUUUUUACCCGUUCAUGUAUGUGCCAGCCUCUCGACUAAGCAACAAGGGAGCACCUUACUCCCGGCUGCUGCAGUGCCAAUGCAGAGAGGCGCAAGGGGACGCCCGCGCCCAGUUUUGACGCCUUCCACCACUAGAAUCCGCGAAAAUCAGCGCGGGAAAGAGCGCGCGAGCGCCACCACAGACCAGACCGUAGGGGGGGGGCAUGCAGCCUUAGAGCCUACAUAGAUGUAGACUGUGCACCCUUUUGGCAUUUCUACACUGAGCUGCUUGGCGCUUUGUUUCCUUUUUGUUCAUAAAUUUUCCCGCUGGCGGUGACCAAAGUUCGCGAUCAUUUCCAGACUUACCGCUCUCAGUGAUGAGACACGCGGGCUUCCGUAAUGGAGAUGCAAACAAGCGCCUGGAAGACGUCUUUGCGAGACUGCAGAAACGUCGCGACGACAAUGAAAAGGAGCAAGACCAACAGCGCGAGCAGAUGGCUGCAAUCAAAGAGCAAAAGGAAAUGCUUGACAAAGGUCGGCCUGCCUUAGAGAUGGAGAAAAUAGAAAGACGAGUGAUGGCUGAAGCUUUUGAGAAAUCUACUGAGCCAGAAAGAAUGGCGCCGGAAACAAGCAAAAAACAAAAAAAACGAUAUGGAAACGGCACUCUAGUGGGUCGCCACGCUUCUGCACUGGUUGGCAGUGUCACAGGAUUGGGAGGAGAUCGCAAAAGACAGCGGCAACAUGUGCAAUCCGAGGAACAUGGCCAAUUUGGCGGCGCAACUAAAAAAGCACGGAAGAGUAGAGACGUCAGUGUUGUAAAAAUAUUUCUCACUAGCGGCGCCUGCAGCAGUAGUGCGUAG